UCCCCUCUCCAGGUGUAGGUCUCGGGUCUAUCGCCAGUUCAUUCGAGGAUGAGAUUGUCUGUAGAGAAUUCCAGGUACUGAAACCUUGAUUCUUCUCCAGCGGCCGUAUGGAAGCUCUCACAUCGGCCAAGCGGUCGUUCCACGGCAAUGCGGUCGUCACGGAGCUCUGUGGAUCGCUGGAGACCUCUCUCUUGCUGCGGCCGCGGCCGGAGAGUGUGAUUCUGGACAGGGAUGGAUCGCGAUCAAGAAAUUUCCGCUCGCACAGGAAGCUGGUGUCCAAAUGCCGGACGCUCUCGCCGAUCUCGGAGAAGAACGCCGUGUGUAACGGCGGCAAGGGUUCUUCUUCACUGUCGCGCAAGAAUUGGAGGCUGGAGGAGGAGCUGGAGAGGCUAACGGAUUUAAAGGCGAGGCUAAAGGCGUGUAAGAGCUUGAGGGAGAGAUGUCUUCUCGUCGGGAGCCUUCCUCGCGUCCAGGCAGUGUUCUCGUUCCAACAGGGCUCUCUUUGCAAUGAGGUGGUGGCUGUGGCGAUGAGAAAGCUUGGGGACUAUGAGCUCUACUUGCUCAAGUGCCUUGUGGCGAUCGGGCAGGGACAUAUCCUUGGUUUGGAAGACGAGGGUGGUGGUGUCGCCGACGAUCACAGGAAAAUUCUCAAUGGUUGCAAUGGCCUUGGUGGUAUGAGCUUCGUGAAUGGAUCGGAGAAGAGUGUAUUGAUGGGAACGCUCCAGCUUAUGACACAGCUUAUAGAGUCCUUUGAAGAUGCGAAGCCUUCCUCAGAGUUGAUACAGUGGCCAUUGAGUUUGGACGUCACGGCAGAGUUGCAGAGAAAACGCCGGCGUGGAGAGCCGGAUGAGCGCGAGGUUUUGCCGAAGCUCAAGAGCUUUGUGAGAGUGUUGGAUUCUCUGGAGCGGUUUUACGAUUGUAUAGGCGGCAUUGUUGGGUACCAGUUGGCCGGGAUGGAGCUGAUACGCUCGUCCGAAACUGGGGAGAUUGGAUUUUCGGCGACACGCAGUGCUCAACAGUCAUUUUAUCACGUCCCAGAAGGAAAAGAUCUUUCAAAAGACACUGAUUUUGCAACUCAAGCAGCUGGCUGGGGCGUGAAACGCUUGGCAGAAAUUGGAGAAAUUUAUCCUCUAGGUGGAGCUGGUGACCGCUUGGGACUUGUCGACGACGUGACUGGUGAAAGCCUUCCUGUGGCAAUGCUGCCAUAUUGUGGUCGGACUUUGUUGGAAGGCCUCAUACGCGACUUACAGGCUCGAGAAUUCUUCCACUUUAAGCUAUAUGGCUCACAGGUGAUCACUCCGGUGGCAAUCAUGACGAGUGCAGCAAAACGGAAUAACGAGAGAGUAAAAGACUUACUCGAAAGUCACAGAUGGUUUGGCAGAGGAAGAGAUAAUUUUCAGCUCUUUGAACAGCCUUUGGUGCCCACAAUAGCUGCAGAAAACGUCCAAUGGGUCGUGAGAGGUCCGUUGGAUCCGAUGCUAAAGCCAGGCGGCCAUGGAGUCAUUUGGAAGUUGGCUAAAGAUUCAGAAUUAUUCAAAUGGUUUUAUGACAAAAACCGGAAAGCUGCUGUGGUACGUCAAAUAAGCAAUCCAGUUGCAGCUACUGAUGUUACUCUUCUAGCUUUGGCAGGUGUUGGUUUGCAUCAAAACAAGAAAUUUGGUUUUGCGUCUUGUGACCGCAAAGUUGGUGCCGCCGAAGGUGUCAACGUGCUGAUGGAGAGCAAAACGGAAGAUGGCCGCUGGAGAUAUGGCACAACAUGCAUCGAAUACACCGAGUUUAGUAGGCUUGGUAUUGCAGAUGUCCCAGUUUCAACUGGCAGCAUGCAAGCCAGGUUUCCUGCAAACACAAAUGUUCUUUUCGUGGACCUUGAGUCAGUUGAAGAGGUGGCAUCACGCAAUGACUGUGCUUCUUUGCCUGGGAUGAUAAUGAACUUGAAGAAGCCUGUUACGUUUACGGACAGCUACGGUGUAGAUCAAAGUAUUCGUGCAGGAAGAAUCGAGUGCACAAUGCAAAACAUUGCGGACUCACUCCAAAACCAUUAUCAGCAUCAAUUGACGUCCAUUGAUCACGAUAAUCUCGACACCUUUAUUAUUUACAAUCAACGAAGAAAGGUAACAUCUUCGGCAAAGAGGCGCAGGAAACUCGACGAUCAAACACUCCACCAGACACCAGACGGGUCAUUUCUUGAUAUUAUGAGGAAUGCGUUUGACCUUCUGACGUCUUGUGGAGUGGCGAUAGACGAGAUGGAAUCAAAUCAAUGCUACAUUGACACAGGCCCUCCAUUCAUUGCUCUUCUACAUCCAGCUAUCGGCCCAUUGUGGAACAUCUUUCGUCAAAAGAUUUAUGGCGGGUCCAUCCGAAAAGGAUCAGAGGUGCAGUUAGAAAUCUCAGAACUUUCAUGGACCAAUGUCGAUGUAAGUGGUAGCUUGGUGGUAGAGGCGGAAAAUAUCAUGGGAACCGUAAAGGAUGGCAUACUUCACUACGGCGAGGGGUUGGGGAGGUGUCGCUUCCACAAUGUCCAAGUUUCCAACCAAGGAAUCGACUGGAAGUGCUCCACCAACGUGUACUGGCAGAACAAAGUGAGCCGCCACGAGUCUCUUAAGAUCAUCCUCAAAGGCUGCUCGGAGUUCGAUGCCUCGGACGUUGUUAUAAAGGGCUCCCACGUCUUUGAAGUACCAGACGGACACAAGAUGCGAGUAAGACGAUCAGGACCAACAGGAUUUUCUUGUACACUAGAGCGAUUGCCAGAGAGCUCACGAUCGUGGGCUUGGAAAUACGCAAUGCGAGAAAACGGAGAGGUGGAGCUGGAAAUGGUGGAAAACUCCAGCAAAACGCCACAACUAAGGGCUUCAUUCGCUCGAUGAAGUAUAUUUUUCCAUACUAUUUUUUAAGAGUUAAAGCAGACGGAAUAUCCCUUUUCAUA